AUGAGGUCUGUCAAGUGCGUGAUUGUGGGCGACGGUGCAGUGGGUAAGACCUCGCUGCUCAUCUCGUAUACCACCAACACCUUCCCCCAGGACUACAUCCCCACGGUCUUCGACAACUACACCACCACGAUUGCCCUGAAUGACGGCAAGUCCAUCGAGCCACAGGUGUUCAGGCUGAACCUGUGGGAUACUGCCGGCCAGGAGGAGUACGACCGUCUGAGACCUCUUUCCUACCCCCAAACAGACAUCUUUCUGCUGUGCUUCAGCAUCAACGAGCCCAACUCCUUCAUGAAUGUCAAGGACAAAUGGUUCCCGGAAAUCAGGCAUAACACCAACUACGACAACCUGGAGCUGUUCCGUGUUUGCGGGAAGUACCCCAUCCUGCUAGUCGGGACAAAGGCUGACCUCCGCGACGACGAGCACGAGCAAGACCGCCUCGCAGAGGUGAACUCGGACUUUGUUUCCAGAGCUGAGAUUGACCAGUGCAUCUCGCAGUGCGGUUUCAUGGGCUACGUCGAGUGUUCCGCGGCCACCCAGGUUGGUGUCGCAGAGGUGUUCGAGCGCGCUGUCCAGUGCGUCAUAAUCGAGCCCGAGAGGCUUUUGAACCAGUCCAAGCAGCGCGAGAGCACCAUUGACCACCCAACCAAUAACCAGAGCAACACCGCGGCGAGCUCAGGGGCCGGCGCUGGUACCGCUGGCUCAUCAAGCAAUUGGAACGCCCCCGGCUCCAACCCAAUGAAGAAGCGGAAGAAGAAGAGCCAAAAAUGUACUAUAUUGUGA